AACUUGAAAAUGGGGUUGGACUGGAUAAUACAGAAAUGUGCCAGAAAACCAUCAAAAUGGUGGAAGGAUAGGCAGACAAUCCAUCUUCCUGGAUCUACCCUUGCAUUGGCUCACAAGAGAGCUGUUUGAAUGGCAUAUCACUAUUGCAAGCCAUUUACUUGUUUGUUUGUUUGCUUAUGAUCAGUAGCACAAUCAUGACACCAUUUUAGCAAAAACAACAAACUGUCGCACAAAAUAGUAUACAUCUCUCUCAGUUCUUAUGCUUUUCACAUGAAACUUUUUAUAAUUGUAGUCCAAUAACCAAUUUACAAGACCAAGGAAAAAAUAUUAUAUUUCUGAGUAGACAUUUCUUGACAAAAAUCUAGAAAUUUAAUAAACACAGCAAAUUUAGAAUGUAACGCGUUACAUUUCCGGUCUAACACCGCAUCACAAAAUAACAUUUUAGUUAAAUUUUCUUAAAGGCUUUUAAAAAAUCUGCUAAAUUGAACCGACAUAAAUAAGGAUAAUAAUAUAACAAACAUAUACAAGUAAUUUUAAACAAAUUCAUUUAUUGUAUUUGCAGAUAUUAAGAUUUACAAAAUAUCGAUGAUGCGUCUAAACAGCAUGUAACGCUCGUGUUAUUAACAAACCUGCUCCACAAAUAAUGACCGAUUUUAGGUACUAUUAAAACAAAUGUGAUAAACUAAAUUUUAAUUUUAUGAUGGGCAACAAAUAAACUCCUUGUAAGCGAAGUUUUCAGACAAUCCACCAAAUAGUUUUUGCGAAAAAAAGACAACCAAUAAUUCGGAAACACUUUCUGUUACAUUGAAAAUGAGUUUAAUUUUACACCAUCGCAAUCACAAAACACAAAAUUUAGUAAUAGUACUUUUAUCAAACGGUACUCACUACGACAUCCCCGCUUUGGGCUUGUGUUUAGCCGACAUCCCUAAAGAUUUCAGCCGAAUUGCAAUAGUUUUGAGCGAGAAAAUCAAAUUCCAAUGAUUCGGAAACACUUUUGUGCAUUAUUACAGUGCUCACAAAGCGUAACGAGCGUUACAGCUGGAAGAAAACGCGAAGAAAAACUGCUAAAAUGUUUCAAAAUAUUGUCUCUGCUUGCUUCUUUCCUCGUCCUCGAAGACUUCCACGAGAUCACAUGCCUAGAACAAUAGAUUUAUGGGGGUCCCAGCACAAAAUGCAGGGGUUUUGUGCGUCAUAAGUUAAAAAUAAACGCCCGCGGGUAUUGCACAGAGAGUGCGUAGCACGUGUAGUCGGUCAUUCGGCAACACAAUACACAAGCUAACCUUUGAAUAUUCAUAUGGAAAAUCCUGUUUCACGUAAGCAAGCUGCAGCACUCAAGAAAAAAGAAAUAAAAAGGACAAAAGACAAAGAUUACUACGAGAAAAAUCGCAACAAGAAAAUAGCUCAAGUAAUCGAGCGGCGAAAAGCGAGACGAGAGGAGACAAAAGGCAAGUCACGAACAAGAACGGAAAUAAAGAAAGCUGCGUCAAAGAAGAGACGCAAAGAACAACGAGCUACCGCCAGAGAAGAACUUGAAAGAAAAAGACAAAUAGCAAGAGAAAAGACAAGGGAAAGGGUCCGUAGAUACCGCCAGAAAAAUAAGGAAGAACAAGGACAGGAGAAAAAAAAUUUGCAGAACACUGGGGAGAGAUUCAAGAACCGCACGUCCAAAAAACGUGUUACUGACAAGGUCAAAGAUAAACUUCCGCAAACUCCCGAGAAAAAAAGCCGAAGUACUAGAAACUUUGAUAAACAGCCCGAGAACAAGAAAAAUACUUUCCAGGCAAGGGGUAGUGAAAACUCCAGAAGAAGAAAAAGAAAGUAACACGUUGAAAGCCCUCGCGUCGGACAUCUCUGAAGGUUUGAAACACGUCAAACGUUCGGGAUCGAACGAAAAACGCGCUGCCUACAAAGCACUUAAAUCACUUGCCUUUGGAGAUAAUAUAAAAAAGUCGAGAGCAAAAAAGUCCCUAGGAAAGUUAGUCGGCCUUAACGAAAAGAGCAUCAGUAAAGCCAUCAAAACAAGGGAGGAGAUUUUAAAGGGAGAAGGAGAAAGUUGGCUUUAUGUAAAAAGAAAAACACGACGAGAUGCGCUCCCAGAAGAAGACGUUGAAAAAAUUUACUGCUUCUGGGCCAGUUCGGCUAGUCGUCCUACAGGAGACAAAAGUGACUUUGUGAAAAACAGAGUUGGCAAAAAACAGUAUUUAACCCACCCCAAGCAUGUUCUCGAAACGAGCUAAACGGAGGCUUUCCAGGAAUUUGCGAAGCUUCACCCUGAAGUAAAAGUAGCGCAACGCAAAUUCGAGAUGUUAAAACCUUACUUUGUAAAACAAGCAAGAGAAAGGGACAGAAAAUCUUGCCUUUGCAGAAAACAUGUCGAAACGAAAAUUCUUUUCGACGCAUGUAUGAAGUUUCGAAAGGGUGUGGUCAAGACGACGGGAAACGAGAGCGAAGAGUCGCCCAUUUUCAAAACGUUGACAGAAGCGGCUGAUGCAACCUUAUGCUCAAAGGAAGAUGGGAUAGAGCACCAUAAAAUCAAGUGCUUGGAGCGAGAUUGCAACAGAUGCUCUGUGGAGAAAAUAAAACUACUUCCAGAGGAGUCUAGCAAUGAAGGAAGUGUUUGUUGGUCUAGGUACGAGUACCUACCCACUGGAAAAUUCCUUGCCAAUGGUCAAGAGAAAAAGAAGAUAGCCUUGGUCCCCAAAGAAACACCACCCUCAGAAAUGUUUAAAUAUUUCAAAAAGCUUUUGGAAGCCUAUCCCCUGCAUUCAUUCAUGGCUAAAUGGCAACGUGAGCAACUUGAUAAUCUUUUGGAACACUUGCCACUUGGCCAUGUCGUGUGCAUUCACGACUAUUCUGAGGGGUAUGCGUGUCGCCAGCAAGAUGAGAUCCAAUCAGAGUUCUUUGACGUAGCCAAGGCUUCUCUACAUGUUACCAUCUUACAUCGCCAUGCUGUUGAAAGUAAAGACGGGAUCACAAGCACAGAGGCUGAGCCACACUUGAUCAAAGAGCACUUGUUUGUGGUUUCCGAUGAUCCGACGCAAGACCAUGACAGUGUGCACAAAGCCCAAGAGCUUAUUCAUGAUUACCUGGUCAACGAUGUGGGCUAUAGCAUUGAGCUCUUGCAUGAAUUUACAGAUGGGUGCGCAGCACAAUAUAAGUCACGACACUGCAUUGGAGAUUUGUCAUGUUCUCUGGCAGAUUUUGGAUAUCCCAUCCAAAGAAGCUUUUUCGAAACCUCCCAUGCUAAAGGAGAGCAAGAUGCUGCUGGCUCUCAUGUAAAGCAGAAAACCAGCCAAGCCGUCCUACGCAGAAAAGCUAAAAUCAAUUCUGCAAAGGACAUGUAUGCUUAUCUGGUUGCAAACUUUACAGAGCCAGCAGCAACUAGCUAUGCUGCUCGUAGAACGGCUACCCAGCUGACGCGCCGUGUUUUCUUUUAUGUUCCGGCAAAAGGAGAGGGUGCAGUCUCCAGGAACCGUGAUGGGCGAAAGUUCAAGGAAGCAAAGGGCAUAAGAAAAUGGCACUGUGUCAAGACACUUCCCCAGCAAGAGAAGGUCCUAGUACGGCAUCGGACAUGCUACUGUGUGAGCUGCAUUGUGAAAGAUGAAGAUUCAUGUACCAAUAAGGCAUGGCUUGAUGAGUGGAAAGAAGUGACUAUCCCUAGAGAUGGUUCAGUUGCUAUCACUCGUCAAGCCACAGAGCAGCCUGCUCUUGAACAUGAUACAGCAUCACACAUGGCAGAUCUGGCUGCGUGCGGCAGCACUGUUGCCAUUGAGGCUGAAGGUGAUAGAAUGUACGAUUUCUAUCUCCUCAAAGUCACGUCAGCAGGUGUUGAGGAGCUAGAACAUGACUACACUGAUGAUUACCACAACACUGCACUGAGAGGAGAGUCUGUCUUGAAAGGGCAUUUUUAUCUCCGUGAUAAUAUUCAUGACAUGACUUUCACCUUAAACGAAAAACGGAUUGCAGUUGUUUAUGCGGCCACUGUCCGCCAUAUUUGUGGUGACCUCCCCACUAAGAAAAGAGGCAAGAAACUUAUUUACAAGCUUCCAUUGAAGGAAAAUGAAGCCAUCCUUGCCAUUCUUUGAGAAAAGUGACAUUUUAAAGUAUUUAGUGUUACUUAUACUGUAUUCUGUGUGACAUUGUAGUGGGAGCCACACCCGCAAAGCAUUGUGGGUAAAACACAAAAAAUCGCAAAAAUCAUGAAGUAAUGUAAAAUAUGAAAUAAUUUCAACUGUUUGUCAAAACAUACUUCAUAAUUAGCCUGUAGAACCUUUGAAUAAGGAAAUUAAAGCAUUUUGGUUUUUUAACCUAGUGUAACACAAAAUGGAUAGGUGACUGUGCUACUGAUCUUAUAUAUUUAUACAGGAUAGGCGUCCUUAAACAAUUAUAUGUGAUGGUGUUAGCAGGAGUCCUGAUCUAACAAAAAUUUAACAGAACUACACAAAUACAUAAAAACAUAAAAAAUAAUACAUAGAAUCAUCAGACAAACCAUUAAAUAUAACAAUAUAAAAAUUAAAAAUUCUGGUCUUAUGAGCUCCUCAGAAUGACACUGAAGGCAGUGAAGGACUCUAAUUAAACAAUAUUAGCUCCCUGAAAAGUAAGCAACUUUCGACCGAAAUAUGUUUUAACUUAAGGUCUCGGAAAAGGCAAACGACAUGUCAGCGGAAAAAAAUAUUGUCGUGCCGCAAUUUUCAUACAUGUACAAAUUAUAUAUCAAAUAAUAGAUUGAAUUAUCUCCUGCAAGUUUUAUUUUUGCAAUAGCUAAUUCAGUGUUUUGAGGCCUCAAACUCAAAAGUACGGAGUUUACUCUAGAGCGUAAUGCAUCUUCACAUUAUUGCGCAUUCACUUGCACGUUAUUGCAUCUCAAUGACAGAUAGAUGUUCUACCGAAGUGUGUGAGGACUUUUUGUUUUUUGACACUGUCAACAAAAUAUCAUGAAUCAAAGUUGGAACUCUCGUUUCGGGCUAAAUUUGGACAGGAAAAGUGCUAAAGCUAUCUUCAGUCGAAAAUUGAAAAUUCCUCACACACUUUAUGACAUGGCAUAAUAAUCUAUCAGAUCCCGAAAAUUUAAAGGCGAUAUCUUAAAACCUGUCACGAUGUUAAGCCCGACAAGCUUGAGUUCUAGCCUCAAAAUAAUACGCUAGAAAAGUCAAAGAUUUGGCGUGAAAUCACGGUCAACAGGUCAUGAGGAACAGCAAAGGCCCAUUUUAGCCAUCUUAGAAUGCGAUUUAUGGAAAAAAGUUUUUUGCAAAAAUAAGUAAUCUCCUAGAUCUUUAGGAAUAAGAACAUUAAAAUGUUAUUGAACAUAAAGUUCUCAUAGAUCGUUAUUCCUCUUGGUUAAUAGGCAGUUCAACGCAAGCAUUGACAAUAUCAUUGUCCAACACAACAUCACUUGUCUAAUAAACACACACUGAUUUCAUAAGAGAAGUAUGUGACCAUAAUGCACAUACACAUAGUGAAUACAACCUGUUCACUAACUAAACCAUCUCAUUAUCUGUUGUAUUUCAUGGAUUGUCUGAAAACCCUGUAUGUAUGAUAUGGUAACAUGGACUCUGUCUGCUGUUAUCUGUUUGCUGAGAAAGAGGAUAUUUUGCAAGUCCUAUAUUUUGUGAUGUAAUGGACUUGUUGUUAUCUUAUAGGAGAAGGAGGUGAGGAAAGCUCAUCAGAGGAGGAAGUGGAGGUAGAAGGCGUUAUGGUCAAACG